GGGUGCGACUCUGUUCUCUAUUCACAGCUGGUGGAUCCCGAAGUGGGACUCACUGCACAAGAACAGGUUCUCCUGCUGUACGACAUCAAACUGCAGUGUCUCCAGAACAUUUCUGGCCAUGAUCCCGAUGAUGAUGUGUGCGCCCCUGGAUGGGACGGGCUCAUUUGCUGGCCUCAGGGUUCUUUAGGGACUCUCACCAAAGUGCCGUGCCCCAGAUACAUCUACGAUUUCAAUCACAACGGCUAUGCAUACCGUAAGUGCGAUGUCAAUGGAACCUGGUUCUCGCUGGAGAACAGAACCUGGGUAAACUACUCUGAAUGUCUGUGGUUCCUGACACCAGGCAAGGAAAGAGGCAAGAGGGACUUUUUUGAGAAACUGCACAUCAUGUACACUGUUGGCUAUGCUGUAUCCUUCAGCUCCUUGCUGGUAGCCAUUUUUAUCAUCGGCUACUUCAGGCGUCUUCACUGCACCAGAAACUAUAUUCAUAUGCACCUGUUUGUGUCCUUCAUGCUGCGUGCCGUCAGCAUUUUUGUGAAGGACCUGGUGGUGGAUGCCAACGGCGGCAUGCAGCAGUAUGAUGCCGUGCUCAUGGACAACAUCAAUGUGGUUUCCAUUAGCCCUCUGGACAAGACUCAGUAUGUCGGCUGUAAGAUCACUGUGCUGCUGUUUAUCUACUUCCUGGCCACAAACUACUACUGGAUCCUGGUGGAGGGACUUUACUUACACAGCCUCAUUUUCAUGGCCUUCUUCUCGGACUCCAAGUACCUCUGGGGCUUCACACUUAUAGGAUGGGGCGUUCCCGCUCUCUUUGUUUCAGCUUGGGCCGUGGUCAGGGCUAUUUUGGCAGAUGCACGGUGCUGGGAGCUGAGUGCAGGCAAUAUUAAGUGGAUUUACCAGGUCCCUAUUCUGACAGCAAUUGGACUCAACUUUAUUCUGUUUGUGAAUAUCGUGCGAGUUCUGGCCACCAAGAUCCGAGAGACGAACGCGGGCAGAUACGACACUCGCAAGCAGUACAGGAAACUGGCGAAGUCAACACUGGUGUUGGUGCUGGUGUUUGGGGUGCACUAUAUUGUGUUCGUGGGGAUGCCACACACUGUUACUGGGCUGGGCUGGGAACUGCGCAUGUACUGUGAGCUAUUCUUCAACUCUUUUCAGGGGUUUUUCGUGUCCAUCAUUUACUGCUUCUGCAAUGGGGAGGUCCAGACAGAGAUACGAAAGACAUGGCAGCGCUGGACAUUAGCAUUCGACUGGAAAGGUCCAGUUGUGCUGGUUAAUUAUCGCUACCGGUCAGUGUUGACUAGCGUAAACAGCAACAGCAGUGUUCAAUCCCAGGCCCCAGCCCAACCGACUAACCGCUCAUCUAGACGAACCAGCAGCAGCUGCGUCUCACGCAGCACACGUACACCCUCACACACCACCCUGCCCGGUUACGUCUUCAGCAGCUCAGACGCCGACAGUCUGCCUCCGUCCAUCCCCGAGGAGAACGAAGAUGAAGCAAAACACGUCGAUGACAUCACACUUAGGGAAAGCACAAGAGUUUUCCCAAGAGAUAGUGCCAAAAUCUCAGAUGACAUCGUUCUGGAAGGGCAGGCCAAGCACGUCGACGCAUUCGGAAAGGAUCAGGCGUUUGUCGAUGUUGCUUUCAGAGAGAAUGUCAACUGCACCGGGGACGUCAUACUGAAGGACUCGGUGCGGUGUAGUAGUUUGGAUCAGGAGGAAGAGCUGGAAUUAUAGGAGGGAGGAAAAGGAAAGGCUGUGUGUUAGGUUGCGUCACAUGUGCGACGUUCCGGCUUAAAUCGUUCACUUAUCAUACAGUAUAUCAUCUCUCUUUCUGAGAAAACCGCGAGGAAGAUCUCAGUUGGGAUUUUCGUUCCCUUGGAUGUUUAAAUUGAAAUCCCUGUGGAAGGAUUCGUAUUUCAGAAUCGAUUUCAGUGAAGAGAAUUGACUCUGUCUUCAGUAUCUCCGCACGUGACAUAUGCAAGGACAAUCUGUAAAACAGUCCGUAAUAAUCGUACUGCUAAUGUUUGAAAGGUGAUAUACGAGCAACAAUGAGCAACUAUAUAUAUAUAUUGGCAUGUUAAUGGCUACUUGAAUUUCACUGUCAGUUGGGAUGGUUACUGAGUUGAUGCAAACAAAUAAAAAAUAUACAGAAUGUAAUUCAGUACAGCAUAGUAAUUCUUAAUAGUUGAAGGUAUUGAAUGUGAAGCACCAAAUGCUCAGUAAAAUGAUGGACAACAGCAUGCACUACGUCCGAAAUCAGCCUACAUUACUCUAACAUUGGUGUCCAGUUUUGCAUGGAGCUUAAUGAAGGUCAUAGCCGCCUUGCAGGCAGGCCUAGAAGAGAAGUGUUCUUUUAUGACUAAGCGUUAUGUCGUUUACUUACAUGAAUGUGUGUUCUGAGCUUAGCUAGCUAGCUAACUAUCUAACAUGUGAACAUUAGCUAGCAAGCAUCCGAAUGAUUCGUAUAUAUGUAUUCGUUCCACGUCUCUGACUGAUAUUCGCUAAGUGUAGAGGCAGGUUAGCUAAAGCUGUGUCAUUUCAUAUGGGUGUGUGUCCAUGCAGCAAAUAUCUUAUAUUUAACGAAGGGGUUUGAGGGAGGACGUAACGUUGCAUGAAUGCAUUUGUAGAAUAUUAUCUACAUAUUUAUCUCGACCGCUAUGUUGUUUAUUUACGUGUUCUUCGCUUAGCUAGCUAGCUAGUGAGCUUACCGCUUUGAAAAACACAGGGCAUUACCCAAAACUCUAAAUCACAUCUCAAGGACUUCUGAUAUGAACGAUAUAUAUACAGUAUCUCACAAAAGUGAGUGCACCCCUCACAUUUGUGUAAAUAUUUGAUAUCUUUUCAUGUGACAACACUGAAGAAAUGACACUUUGCUACAAGGUAAAGUAGUGAGUGUACAGCUUGUGUAACAGUGUAAAUUUGCUGUCCCCUCAAAAUAACUCAACACACAGCCAUUAAUGUCUAAACCGCUGGUGACAAAAGUGAGUACACCCCUAAGUGAAAAUGUCCAAAUUGGGCCCAAAGUGUCGAUAUUUUGUGUGAACACCAUUAUUUUCCAGCACUGCCUUAACCCUCUUGGGCAUGGAGUUCACCAGAGCUUCACAGGUUCCACUGGAGUCCUCUUCCACUCCUCCAUGAUGACAUCACAGAGCUGGUGGAUGUUAGAGACCUUGUGCUCCUCCACCUUUCGUUUGAGGAUGCCCCACAGAUGCUCAAUAGGGUUUAGGUCUGGAGACAUGCUUGGCCAGUCCAUCACCUUCACCCUCAGCUUCUUUAGCAAGGCAGUGGUUGUCUUGGAGGUGUGUUUGGGGUCGUGAUCAUGCUGGAAUACUGCAUACUGAUCAUGCUCUGCUUCAGUAUGUCACAGUACAUGUUGGCAUUCAUGGUUCCCUCAAUGAACUGUAGCUCCCCAGUGCCGCAGCACUCAUGCAGCCCCAGACCAUGACACUCCCACCACCAUGCUCGACUGUAGGCAAGACACACUUGUCUUUGUACUCCUCACCUGGUUACCGUCACACACGCUUGACACCAUCUGAACCAAAUAAGUUUAUCUUGGUCUCAUCAGACCACAGGACAUGGUUCCAGUAAUCCAUGUCCUUAGUCUGCUUGUCUGUGAGGGGUGUACUCACUUUUGUGAGAUACUGUAUAUAUAUAUAUAUAUAUAUAUAUAUAUAUAUAUAUAUAUAUAUAUAUAUAUAUAUAUAUAUAUAUAUAUAUAUAU